AUAUUUUAAAGGAAAUUCAAAGGAAGAAGAAACGCUUCCUUCUAUUUCCCGGUCUUUUGCUGUUUCUUUUUUGUAUAGACUUCUUAAUACCAAUUUAAAAAAAGCAGUUUGGGCUGUUGUUUCAUGAAAUAUUGCAUUUCGCUUGGACGCCAUGAACCAACAUUCCGACCAACCUCGCCAUCCCUACUAUGACGAGAAAGUGGCCGAACGAGAGAAUCGUGUAAAAAACUUGUUUGAUUCUCUUGAUACCAAUAACACUGGAUAUCUUGAUGCAGAUGCGAUCAUAAGAGGUUUCCUCAAAUUGACGCAUCUGCCAACCCAUACAUCCUAUGCUACAGAUCUACUAGCCAAGUGCAAUACUUCGAGAGACGGACUGAUUGAUUAUGAGGAAUUUAGGGCCUACGUUCUUGAAAAAGAGCGUGAACUUUGGGCUCUGUUUUCAGAAAUCAACAAAUCCAACGACCAUCGUUUACGCGCAGGUGACUUGAAAAGCGCAUUAAAAGCAGCCGGUGUUUGUGUAACCGAAGACGAUAUCGAACAGUUUAUUCAAGCGAUUGACACCGAGGGCAACGGCUACAUCGAUUUCCAAGACUGGCGAGAUUUUCUGCUGCUGCUACCACAGGACACAACGAUUAUCGAGAUUUAUAAAUAUUACCAGACCUCGACCCAACUCACGCCUGAUGCCGAAGUCGUCUUUCCCCACACGGAUGAAGCGGUUGGAAAUGCAUACAAAUAUCUUGCUGCUGGUGGAAUUGCCGGUGCGGUAUCAAGGACAUGCACUGCCCCGCUCGAUCGUCUCAAAGUAUACCUUAUCACACAAACCUCCUAUCAGGCACAAGCAAAAGCUCCAAUGUCUAUCACAGCAGCUCUGAAACACAUAUACAGCCAAGGUGGUUUGAGAGCAUUUUUUGUUGGAAAUGGUCUCAAUGUGGUCAAGAUUGUACCAGAAUCUGCAAUCAAAUUCUAUGUAUUUGAGACAGCCAAGUCAAUAAUGGCAGAAUUAACCAAUUCGGAAGAUAAGAACGGAAUCCCAGUGAGUGCUCGAUUUAUUGCGGGUGGUAUGGCUGGUCUAUGUUCGCAGUUCUGUAUUUAUCCUGUCGAGACCUUAAAAACUCGUAUAAUGGCUAACCACGGCGGAUCACCUGUCGCAAUUCCUAAUCCUCACAUGCCUUGUACAUCCGGUAAACCUCAAUCAUACAUCUUCUUGACGGCCAAGGAAAUGUACAAAACAAAGGGUAUACGCGCAUUCUGGCCAGGACUUACACUUGGUCUUUUAGGUGUUUUCCCUUACCAAGCUUUGGAUAUGGGUAUAUACGAGACGCUGAAGGUAACUUAUCUCCAACAUAUGAAUAAACAAGCAGCAGAACAUCGACAAACAGGGGAGGCACCUCAACCAAACGUGCUUGUGUUGUGGACAUGUGGAAUGGUUAGCGGUUCUAUCGGUGCCACAAGUGUAUAUCCGCUUAAUAUGAUACGCACAAGAUUGCAAGCUCAAGGAACAGCUGGUCACCCCCAUCGGUAUAAUUCAGCAUUUGAUGCGGUGAAAAAAACAUUCCAGGCCGAUGGAAUCAAGGGAUUUUACAAAGGCCUUGGGCCUACUCUGUUCAAGGUCGUUCCAUCGGUUAGUAUUAGUUACGCUGUUUAUGAAUUCAGUAAACGUUCUCUGGGAAUCUCUUAAACGCUUUAUCCUACUUUAUGGCAAAACACAAUGAAGAGGAGUGAGUCUUCAGUAAAUUUAUUAUAUUAGCUGGUUAGACUCUAUUAAGAUUCAAUUCAACUUUGUGAUAUUACCUAGAUUCCAAUUUCUUCUCUAUUAUCAGUAUAAAUUUAGACCUAUUGUACAUACUGUAUUUUCAAACUCUGCUUUAGAAACAUUGUCUUGUAAGCCA